ACAAAUUUGGCGCUGAUCUAUCCGGGUACUUCAUUCACUGCUUCCUUUCGCGCCGGGUAACCGGAGAGCCGUGCGUCCAUGUGCGCAGUGACUGGGAACUGAUAGACCUCUGAAAUAUUAAAAUCCGAGCCGUAAAAGAGUUUUCGUGAUGGAUCCCGAAGCUUUGGUCGAGGCCCUUCGGGGCACGAUGGAUCCCAAUCUCCGGGAGGCCGCGGAGCGACAGCUGAACGAGGGUCACACCCAGGUAAACUUUGUGUCCACUCUGCUGCGUAUCACCAUGUCUGAUCAGCUGGAUUUGCCUGUCAGGCAAGCAGGUGUGAUUUACCUUAAGAACAUGAUAACCCAGCACUGGAGUGGUGGAGACGGUUCAGGCACCGAGACGCCUGUUAAUAACAUCCCUGACGAGGAUAGGCAGUUCAUUCGAGACAACAUAGUGGAGGCCAUCAUCCACUCCCCCGAGCGCAUCAGGGUCCAGUUGACGACAUGCAUUCACCACAUGAUCAAGCACGACUAUCCCGGCAAGUGGACGACCAUCGUGGACAAGAUCGGCUUCUACCUGCAGUCAGACAACAGCGCAGGAUGGCUGGGCAUCCUGCUUUGCCUUUACCAGCUGGUCAAAAACUACGAGUACAAGAAACCAGAAGAGCGUCAGCCUGUUGUGGCCGCCAUGCACAUCUUUAUGCCCAUGCUGAAAGAACGCUUCAUCCAGCUGCUCCCAGACCACUCCAGUGACUCUGUCCUCAUACAGAAACAGAUCUUCAAAAUCCUCUAUGCCCUCUUCCAGUACAACCUCCCUCUGGAGCUCAUCAACAGACAGAACCUGACAGAGUGGAUGGAGAUCCUGAAGACAGUAGUGGACAGAGAUGUGCCCCCAGAGACGAUGCAGAUAGACGAAGACGAGCGUCCAGAGCUGCCCUGGUGGAAAUGUAAGAAGUGGGCACUUCACAUCUUAGCUCGGCUGUUCGAGAGAUAUGGAAGUCCAGGCAACAUAACCAAAGAGUACACAGAGUUUGCUGACCUUUUCCUAAAAGAAUAUGCAGUGGCUGCACAGCAGGUUCUGCUGAAAGUCUUAUACCAGUACAAGGAAAAGCAAUAUGUUGCUCCAAGAGUUCUGCAGCAGACUCUUAAUUACAUCAAUCAGGGAAUAGCGCAUGCUCUGACAUGGAAGAACCUCAAACCACACAUCCAGGGCAUCAUUCAGGAUGUGGUGUUCCCGCUCAUGUGCUACACAGACUCUGACGAGGAGCUGUGGCAGGAGGACCCGUAUGAGUACAUCCGCAUGAAGUUUGGUAAGCGGAGAACGUGGCUUGCCCAUGUGUUUGAGGACUUCAUCUCUCCAACGACAGCCGCCCAGACGCUGCUCUUCACCGCCUGCAACAAGAGAAAAGAAGUUCUGCAAAAGACCAUGGGCUUCUGCUAUCAAAUUCUUACUGAUCCCAGUUCCGACCCCAGGAAAAAAGAUGGCGCCCUGCACAUGAUUGGCUCUUUGGCUGAAAUCCUGCUCAAGAAAAAGAUCUAUAAAGACCAGAUGGAGUUCAUGCUGCAGAAUCACGUCUUCCCCCUGUUUCGCAGUGAACUGGGCUACAUGAGAGCCAGGGCAUGCUGGGUGCUGCAUUACUUCUGUGAGGUGAAGUUCAAAAGUGACCAGAACCUGCAGACGGCUCUGGAGCUGACCCGCCUCUGUCUCAUCAAUGACAACGAGAUGCCAGUCAAGGUGGAGGCUGCCAUUGCCCUGCAGGUCCUCAUCAGCAACCAGGAGAAAGCCAAAGAAUACAUCACCCCCUUCAUUCGGCCAGUGAUGCAGGCUCUCCUGCACAUCGUCAGGGAGACGGAGAACGACGACCUCACCAAUGUCAUACAGAAGAUGAUCUGUGAAUACAGCGAGGAAGUCACUCCAAUUGCAGUGGAAAUGACACAGCACUUGGCAAUGACGUUCAACCAGGUGAUUCAGACGGGGCCCGACGAGGAGGGAGGGGAUGACAAGGCUGUGACAGCCAUGGGCAUCCUCAACACCAUCGACACGUUGCUGAGUGUGGUGGAGGACCACAAAGAGAUCACUCAGCAGCUGGAGGGCAUCUGUCUGCAGGUGAUUGGCACCGUGCUGCAGCAACAUGUUCUGGAGUUCUACGAGGAGAUCCUGUCCUUGGCCGGCAGCCUCACCUGCCAGCAGGUGUCGCCACAGAUGUGGCAGCUUCUUCCACUUGUGUACGAAGUCUUCCAGCAAGAUGGCUUUGAUUAUUUCACAGAUAUGAUGCCUCUCCUUCACAACUACGUCACAGUUGAUACAGACACCCUCCUCUCCGACACCAAAUACCUGGAGAUCAUUUAUAGCAUGUGCAAGAAGGUCCUGACAGGCGAUCCCGGAGAGGACCCCGAGAGCCACGCAGCCAAGUUGCUGGAGGUCAUCAUCCUGCAGUGCAAGGGUCGCGGCAUCGACCAGGUGGUGCCCCUGUUCGUGGCGGCCGCGCUGGAGCGCCUGACGCGGGAGGUGAAGACCAGCGAGCUGAGGACCAUGUGCCUGCAGGUGGCCAUCGCCGCGCUCUACUACAGCCCCCCCCUGCUCCUCAACACUUUAGAGAACCUCCGCUUCCCCAACAACACUGAGCCCAUCACUAACCACUUCAUCACCCAGUGGCUGAAAGAUGUCGACUGCUUCCUCGGGAAGAUGUGCAUUCUGGGACUCUGCGCUCUCAUCGACCUGGACCACAGGCCUCAGGCUGUCAACCAGGUGGCCAACCAGCUUCUCCCCGCAGCCAUCCUCCUGUUCACGGGCCUCAAAAGAGCGUACGCCUGUCGAGCAGAGCACGAGAACGAGGACGACGAUGACGACGAAGAUGGGGAGGACGAGGAAGACAACGCCGAGCUGGGCAGUGACGAGGACGACAUCGACGAGGAGGGUCAGGAAUACCUGGAGAUGCUCGCCAAGCAGGCGGGAGAGGACGGGGAUGAUGAAGACUGGGAGGAAGACGACGCCGAGGAGACGGCACUGGAGGGCUACACUACAGCUGUAGACGAUGAAGAUAAUUUAGUGGACGAGUAUCAGAUCUUCAAAGCCAUACUGCAGAACAUUCAGACCCGAGACCCUGCAUGGUACCAGGCAUUAACGCAAAGCCUCGACGAAGAACAGGGAAAACACCUUCAGGACAUCGGCACACUUGCAGACCAGAGGCGGGCGGCACACGAGCCCCCACAAAGACGGACAGACGGACACAAACUGCCUCUGCUGCCAGCAAGGGACAAAAUGUGGCUUCGAGAGGAGCUUUUAAAAGCCAUAUGGCACGCAUUCACCGCCCUGGACGUGGACCACCGUGGAAAAGUUUCCAAAUCUCAGCUCAAGGUGCUGUCUUACAACCUAUGCACAGUGAUGAGGAUUCCUCAUGACCCCGUCUCCUUUGAGGAACAUUUCAAAGAUGAUAAUAAGGGGCCUCUUUCCACUGAGGGCUACAUGCCUUACCUCAACAGAUAUAUUCUCGACAAGGUGAGGGAGGACUUUGACUUGACAGAGUUUUUCAGGAUGUGCUGGACACUGAGCUACAAGAAGAAUCUUUACACUCAGCGUCUGUUCAUCUCGGACAAUGACGCUUUCAAAGUCUGGUGCAUUUUUAACUUUCUGUCAGAAGACAAGUACCCAUUAGUCAUCGUCUUUGAAGAGGUGGAGUAUUUCCUGCGAAAGCUGACGGAGGCCAUGGGGAUCGGAUGGAGCGAGGAUAAGUUUGUGGAUUACAAGCUGCAGCAGCACAGGAAGGGCUGCCUGAACGUCUGGGAGCUGAUAGAACUGGUGGGAACAAAUUACUUCAGCAAAGUAGUGGACCGCCAAACUCUGUCCAUGGGCAUCAACGAGGUCUUCAUAGAGCUCAUUCUGGAUAUCCUGAAGCAGGGUUACAUGAUAAAAAAGGGCCACAAGAGGAAGAAUUGGACCGAGCGCUGGUUUGUCCUUCGGCCCACAUCGCUGUCCUACUAUGUGGGCGAGGAUCUCACAGAGCAGAGGGGAGACAUCGUUCUGGACCAAAUCUGCUGUGUUGAGUCUCUGCUAGAUAAAGAUGGGAAGAAAUGCCUUUUUAUUAUCAAGUGCUCGGAUAAAAGCUUUGAGAUAAGUGCGCCGGACAAAAAGAAGAGGCAGGAAUGGAUUCAAGCUAUCCAGACGUGCAUCCAGAUGCUGCGGUUGGGGCUGUCGUCUCCUCACCGCGAGGCCCGCCUGAGGCGCCGGGAGCUCCGGCAGAAGCAGCAGGUGGAGGAGAUGGACCUGGCCGAGAGGAUGAAGAUUCUCCAGGUGGCCAAUGAGAACAAACAGAGGGAGCUGGAGGACAUGAAGAUGAAAAUGGAAGAGGCGGCGGCCAAAGCAGCACUAGAAGAGCUCAGGAGGCAGAAAACUCAGUCAAGCCUACAGGAUCGCUACAGGCUGGACAUGGAGAGAGAAAAAAUGGUGCGCCAGCAGAUGGAGGAGCAGAUGGCUCAGAAGUCCAGUGAGCUGGACCAGUAUCUGCAGCGUGUCCGAGAGCUGGAGGACAUGUACCGCCGGCUCGAGGAGGCCUUAGAAGACGAGAGGCAGGCCAAGCAGGACGAGGAGACCAUGCGAAAGCUGCAGUCCAGGUUUCAGAACAACAGAGACGCACACAUGGGAACAGAUACUGGCCCCGUCCGAGAUCAUACAAACAUGAGGGACAAAAUUGUCCUCUGUCAUAAGCUGUCAGUAUUGAGCUCUGACACCACCAGAGAGAUGAUAUUUGCCAUACUGUUGUGGCUGCUGGAGGAGGAAGCAGCAAAGAGGGCUGAGCUGGAGCAGAUCCACCAGCAGCAGCAGAAGGCGCUGUUCCAGACAGAGACCGAGAAACAGGAGCUGAUGGCUGAGCGGCUGGCCAAGGAGAGAGACCUACAGGCUGCCACGCUGCAGCUGGAGAGGCUGGAGAAGGAGCGGCAGGGGGCAGUGGAGCAGUACGAGGAGACGUCGAAGAAACUCAGGCGAGCAGCUAACAAGACGAAGACGUGGAAGGACAAGGUGGACAAACAAGAGGGGCUGAUGCGUCUCAUCCAGCCAGGUCAUAAAGGACCUCAGGUGAUCAAUAACUGGGGUCUGGCAUCUGUCACUGACAUUGAGCUGGAGCUGAGGAAGAAGUUAUGGCAGGAGAUGAAGAACCAGGAAACUCACACUCAGUGAACCUCAUGGAUGGACGAUCAGUCAGAAUUCAUUAUAACCAUAACUCUUCAUUCAAUAGAAUAGUACAAAUAGCUUUGAUGCUUGUUAUUAAAAUGAAGUGGCAGGCGGUAAAUGUAGAGCUCUGAGCAGUGAAUAUGCAGUGUUACUGGUCUCUGCUUCUAAAUGUGCUCCAAAUACGAACUUAUUUUGUUAUCAACCAAUAAUCAUAUUUUAUCACCUUUGUUUGUAACAAAAAUAUAAUUAAGACAUUUUGAAAAAGAAGCGUAGAAACUCGUAAGGCAUCAGGGAAACUUCAUGCACUGUUAAAGGCCAUUAAACCGUGACCUUUAAUUCAGGUUGUAUAAUUAACUACACAGUACUUAUCAGUAGUUUAAUUUCAUCCAUGAGUGAACGACAUCUGUUGUAAUAAACAUGAUUUGAAAUAAAACUUCUUUUUCAUAAAA